GGGGCCGGUUUCCCAGGCUUGCUGCGGGAGUCGGAGGCUGCAGGGCGGGGAGAGUGCGGCCCAGAGCUGCCGGAGCUUACAGCGGAUCACCGGAGACCUGCGGUUCUUUGGCCCCUCUUAUGCGGGAUUCCUUCCUCUAAACACAACACAACAGCAGCUGUGGAGGAGCAGAGUCCUCAGUGUGGAGCGAUGGAGGAUGGGAAGCCGGUGUGGGCGCCCCACCCAACGGACGGGUUCCAGCUGGGAACCAUAGUGGACAUCGGCGCCGACAGCCUCAGCAUCGAACCUCUCAAACAGAAGGGAAAGACGUUUCUGGCGGCUGUAAGCCAAGUCUUCCCUGCAGAGGACGACGUCAACAAACAUGUGGAGGACAACUGUUCUUUGAUGUACUUGAAUGAAGCCACUCUGCUCAACAACGUCCGCGUGAGAUACAGCAAAGACAAGAUUUAUACGUUUGUAGCCAACAUCCUGAUAGCCGUGAACCCGUACUAUGACCUCCCAAAGCUUUACUCUAAGGAGACCAUCAGCAAGUACCGAGGUCGUUCUCUGGGAACGCUGCCGCCGCACGUCUACGCCAUCGCUGAUAAGGCGUACAGGGACAUGAAGGUCCUGAAGAUGAGCCAGUCCAUCAUCGUCUCAGGGGAGUCCGGGGCCGGGAAGACCGAGAACACCAAGUUUGUGCUCAGGUACUUGACGUCUUCGUAUGGAACCGGUCAGGACAUCGAUGAGAGAAUCGUGGAAGCCAACCCGCUGCUGGAGGCGUUCGGAAACGCUAAAACGGUCCGGAACAACAACAGCAGCCGCUUCGGAAAGUUUGUGGAAAUCCACUUCAACGAGAAGAACGCUGUCGUGGGAGGCUUCGUGUCUCACUACCUGCUGGAGAAGUCGAGGAUCUGCCGACAGAGCAAAGAGGAGAGGAACUACCACAUCUUCUACCGACUGUGUGCCGGAGCCUCCGAGGACAUCCGGCAGAAGUUCCACCUCAGCUCCCCGGACACGUUCAGGUACCUGAACAGAGGAUGCACUCGCUUCUUCGCCUCCAAAGAUACAGACAAACAGGUCCUGCAGAAUCGCAAGAGCUCAGAGCACAUGAAGUCGGGCCCGCUGAAGGACCCGCUGCUGGACGACCAAGGCGACUUCAACAGGAUGUCUGUGGCGAUGAAGAAGAUCGGCCUGGACGACACGGAGAAGCUGGACCUGUUCAGGGUGGUGGCCGGCGUGCUGCACCUCGGAAACAUCGACUUCGAGGAGGCUGGAAGCACUUCAGGCGGCUGUGCCAUCAAGAACCAGUCCAGUCAGGCGUUGGAGUACUGCGCCGAGCUGCUGGGCCUCGAGGAGGAGGACCUGAGAGUCAGCCUCACCUCCAGGGUGAUGCUCACCACGGCAGGGGGCGCCAAAGGAACAGUCAUCAAAGUGCCACUCAAAGUGGAGCAGGCCAACAACGCUCGGGACGCCCUGGCGAAGGCCGUGUACAGCCGGCUGUUCGACCACGUGGUGACCCGGGUCAACCAGUGCUUCCCCUUCGAAUCCUCCGCCAACUUCAUCGGCGUCCUGGACAUCGCUGGCUUCGAGUACUUUGAACACAACAGCUUCGAGCAGUUCUGCAUCAACUACUGCAACGAGAAGCUGCAGCAGUUCUUCAACGAGCGCAUCCUGAAAGAGGAGCAGGAGCUGUACCAGCGGGAGGGGCUGGGAGUCAACGAGGUUCACUAUGUCGACAAUCAGGACUGCAUAGACCUGGUGGAGGCGAAGUUUGUCGGGGUUCUGGACAUCCUGGACGAAGAGAACAGACUACCUCAACCCAGCGACCAGCACUUUACCGACACCGUUCACAACAAACACAAGAACCACUUCCGCCUCACCGUGCCCAGGAAGUCUAAGCUGGCCGUCCACAGGAACGUGAGGGAUGAUGAAGGAUUCAUUAUCAGACACUUUGCAGGAGCCGUGUGCUACGAGACGACCAAGUUUGUGGAGAAGAACAACGACGCCCUCCACAUGUCUCUGGAGUGUCUGGUCAGCGAGUCCAAGGACCGCUUCGUCCGCGAACUCUUCGAGAACUCCAACAACAGCAAAGACGUGAAGCAGAAGGCGGGAAAACUCAGCUUCAUCAGCGUCGGCAACAAGUUUAGGACCCAGCUGAAUAUCCUCCUGGAGAAGCUGCGCAGCACGGGCUCCAGUUUCAUCCGCUGCAUCAAACCAAACCUGAAGAUGAUCAGCCACCAGUUUGAAGGAGCUCAGAUUCUCUCCCAGCUGCAGUGCUCCGGUAUGGUGUCGGUGCUGGACCUGAUGCAGGGCGGCUUCCCCUCCAGAGCUCCCUUCCAUGAACUCUACAACAUGUACCAGCAGUACAUGCCUCCAAAGCUCACCCGCCUCGACCCGCGCCUCUUCUGCAAGGCUUUAUUCAAAGCUCUGGGUCUGAAUGAGAACGACUACAAGUUCGGUCUGACCAGAGUGUUUUUCCGGCCCGGGAAGUUCGCGGAGUUUGACCAGAUCAUGAAGUCGGACCCGGACCACCUGGCGGAGCUGGUGAAGAAGGUCAACAAGUGGCUCAUCCACAGCCGCUGGAAGAAGGUCCAGUGGUGCGCUCUGUCCGUCAUCAAACUGAAGAACAAGAUUCUGUAUCGGACCAGCGCCUGUAUCGAGAUGCAGAAGACGGUUCGGAUGUGGCUCUGCAGGAGGAAGCACAAGCCCAGGAUCGACGGGUUGGUCAAGGUGCGUAACCUGAAGAAGAGGAUGGACCGCUUCAACGAGGUGGUGGCCGGGCUGAAGGAGGGCAAGCAGGAGAUGAGCAAGCAGAUCAAGGAUCUGGAGACGGCCAUCGACUCCCUGAUGGUCAAAAUCAAGUGCACCAUCAUGACCCGCAUCGACAUCGACCACGAGUACCAGGCCCUGGUGACCCGGUCGGAGCAGCUGCUGACCGCCAUGCAGAACAAGAAGAAGGAGGAGGAGGAGCGCGAGCGGCUGCAACGCAUCGAGGAGGAGAUGGAGCGCGAGAAGAAGAGGAGGGAGGAGGAGGUGCAGCGCCGCAAGCAGGAUGAGGAGGACCGGCGACUGAAAUCAGAGAUGGAGCUGAAGAGGAAGCACGAAGAGGAGGAGAGGAAGAAGAGGGAGGAGGAGGAGAGGAAGAUGCAGGUGGAGAUGGAGCUGCAGCUGCAGGCGGAGCGGGAGGAGGACGCGUCUCGACAGACCGUCCUGGAGCAGGAGAGGAGGGACAGGGAGCUGGCUCUGAGGAUCGCCAAGAGCGAGUCCGAGCUCAUCCCCGAGGAGGUGCAGAUCGACUCCGGCCUGCGGAGUAACGGCUCCUCAGUUCCAUCGUCCCCAGAGAGAGCAGCCUCCGCUGGAACCACAAUGCUCAAGAGCUUGACCAUGGAAGAAAUGGCGAAGGAAAUGACUGAACUUCUGGCGAGAGGUCCUCAGGUCCAGGCCACCAAGGCUGCUGCCGGCGCCAAGAAGUACGAGCUGAGCAAGUGGAAGUACGCCGAGCUGAGAGACGCCAUCAAUACCUCAUGUGACAUCGAGCUGCUGGCCGCCUGCAGAGAGGAGUUCCACCGCCGGCUCAAAGUUUACCACGCCUGGAAGUCAAAGAACAAGAAGAGGAACACGGAGACGGAGCAGCGAGUGCCCAAAUCUAUCACCGACUACGCUCAGCAGAACCCGGCCCCGGCCAUCCCGACGCGGCAGUACGAGGUGGCGAUGAACCGGCAGCAGCGCUACUUCCGCAUCCCGUUCAUCCGGCCGGGCGACCAGUACAAAGACCCCCAGAGCAAGAAGAAGGGCUGGUGGUACGCUCACUUCGACGGGCCCUGGAUCGCCAGGCAGAUGGAGCUUCACCCGGAUAAACACCCCAUCGUCCUGGUGGCAGGAAAGGACGACAUGGAGAUGUGCGAGCUGAGUCUGGAGGAGACGGGUCUGUCCAGGAAGAGAGGAGCCGAGAUCCUCCCCCGGCAGUUUGAGGAGAUCUGGGAGCGCUGCGGGGGGCUCCUGUACCUCCGCAGCGCCAUCGAGAGCCGGCAGGCCCGACCCACCUACGCCACCGCCAUGCUGCAGAGCAUGUUCAAGUAGAGGAGGAGGAGGGGGGAGGGGGGGCUUCUCACUGCUAAAACAAAAGGGACAAAUGCACCAGCUACCUAACACGAGAGGCCGUCUGAGCGCUCUGACUCACGUGAACAGAGAUUUCCUUUUUGUUUCUCCUCUGGUGUUGCUUUUCUUUCUGUUCCUCCGUAGGGGAGGGGGAGGAGGGGGGGGGGAGUUUUUGC